UUGAAAUGAGUGCUCUGUGUGGGAUAUGGAUCUUUUUAUUUAUCAAAGUUAUUCAUUGUUACGAAUGUGAUAACAAGCAUUAUGGACCUAAUUGCUCCCAAGACUGCAACGUCAAUUGUUAAGGACAGAUUUGUGAAAAUACCACGGGGUUCUGCAUAUUUGGGUGUGUGAAUGGGUUUUAGUCACACAAAUGUGAAAUCAAGUGCAGCCCAUCAUGUCCGUCUGGUUGUAAUAGAUACUCCGGGAUGUGUGAGGGCGAAUGUCCAGCUGGCAAGUAUGGAGACCGAUGUGAACGGUUCUGUAACCUUUAUUGUAAAAAUGGAUGCAAUAAAUACGAUGGUUUUUGCAAUUCCGGGUGCACUGUCGGGAAAUUUGGCGCUACUUGUCUCUAUACCUGUGGUGCUGGAUGUAUUUCUGGUUGUAAUCAAGUCAACGGGAGUUGUUCUUGUAAAUUCGGAUGGCAGGGGCACUAUUGUGAUGAAUGCAGUCCAAUCUAUUAUGGACCCCUGUGUGAUAGGUUAUGUAGUCCAGUUUGUUUAAAUGGAACCUGUUUUUCAAACAACGGGUUGUGUAAAGAAGGCUGCAAUACGAACCUUUAUGAUAUUCAACGUAUUGAAGAAAUGAACCAGGCAUCAAAGAGCAUUUCAAAUUCAGCUUUUUACGUGGUUAUUGCAGUUCUGCUGAUAAGUGUAAUUCUCAACAUAUAUUUCAUAGCCCGGAAUAUUAAGCAAACUUUCAAUAAAAGCCAAAAGUUGAAAGAAACAAGGCGCCACAAGAAUUCUACAAGACAUGUAAAUACAAUCGUCAAUGAUAAAGUGGAGGAAAACACAGGUUAUCAAGAACUUGGAGACCUAAGCCAACCCUCUCAUUACGAAGAACUAAAGUCAAUGUAGCUCUAAUGCCAUAGCCUAGAUAAACUUUUUUUUUAAUAUGUGCUAUUUUCGGACGUAAUUGUUUUGUUCCUGUUGAUAAUUAUAAAGGUCUUCAAUAACAAAAGUUUAAUAUUUCACAGCUGUAUAUAAAUAACUGAAAUAUAAUGAAAGAAUGAAAUUGUUUUUUUAAGCAGAGAAUAUACUUUUUUGUAGCUAACAUGUAAAAGACUACUAUAGUUAUGUUGUUCAAUUGGCAUGGUCUUGUUUUAUGAUUAUUCAGUGUAUAUACAUGUACGUCGGGAAAAAAUACACUUUUAUAAGAUGAUAUCAGUCUCAAAGGCUUUUUGACAUAAAUGUGUUUCAUUGGCGGAUGGAUAUGUUCAUUAUGUUCAAAUAUAUAUUCUGAAUUAUGA